GGCCGCGGCUGCAAACUUGCAGCGCUCCCCAGCUCGGCGCCGCCGCCAACGCCUCCCCCUCUGCGUCCCCGAGGGUCCCGCCGGGGUUGCGCCCCGAGCUUCCCCCCACCCUAGCCCCGACCAAGUGAACCCCCAGCCCCGGCCCGCAACCCCCGGGAGCCCCGAGCCAGCCUUCCCGGACGACGAUGCUGAAGAUGCUGUCCUUCAAGCUGCUGCUGCUGGCCGUGGCGCUGGGCUUCUUCGAGGGAGAUGCUAAGUUUGGGGAGCGAGGCGAGGCGAGCGCGGCGCGGAGGAGAAGGUGCCUGAACGGGAACCCCCCGAGGCGCCUGAAGAGGCGAGACCGGCGGCUCCUGUCCCAGCUGGAGGUGCUGAGCGGAGGGGAGGUGCUGUGCGGGGGCUUCUACCCGCGACUGUCCUGCUGCCCGCGGAGUGACAGCCCGGGGCUGGGCCGCCAGGAUCAGCAGCAGAUCCUGUCUGUCACCAACAGCACGGAAUGUGGGAAGUUACUGGAGGAGAUCAAAUGUGCGCUUUGCUCUCCCAAUUCUCAGAGCCUCUUCCACUCACCUGACAGGGAAGUUCUGGAACGAGACUUAGUACUUCCCCUGCUCUGUAAGGAUUAUUGCAAAGAGUUCUUUUACACUUGCCGUGGCCAUCUUCCAGGUUUCCUUCAAACAACUGCUGAUGAGUUUUGCUUUUACUAUGCAAGAAAAGAUGGUGGGUUAUGCUUUCCAGAUUUUCCAAGGAAGCAAAUCAGAGGACCAGCGUCUAACUACUUGGACCAGAUGGAAGAAUAUGACAAAGUGGAAGAGAUUAGCAGAAAGCACAAACACAACUGCUUCUGUCUUCAGGAGGUGGUGAGUGGACUUCGUCAGCCAGUUGGUGCCCUCCACAGUGGGGAUGGCUCCCAGCGGCUCUUCAUUCUGGAAAAGGAAGGUUACGUGAAGAUUCUUAGCCCCGAAGGAGAAAUUUUCAAGGAGCCUUAUUUGGACAUUCACAAACUUGUGCAGAGUGGAAUAAAGGGAGGAGAUGAAAGAGGACUGCUAAGCCUUGCAUUCCAUCCCAAUUACAAGAAAAAUGGAAAGCUGUAUGUGUCUUACACUACCAACCAGGAGCGCUGGGCCAUCGGGCCCCACGACCACAUCCUUCGGGUUGUGGAAUAUACAGUGUCCAGAAAAAAUCCCCACCAAGUGGAUGUGAGGACAGCCAGAGUGUUUCUGGAAGUAGCGGAACUGCACAGAAAGCAUUUGGGAGGACAGCUGCUCUUUGGCCCCGAUGGCUUUUUGUACAUCAUUCUCGGCGAUGGAAUGAUCACACUGGAUGAUAUGGAAGAGAUGGAUGGGUUAAGUGACUUCACAGGUUCCGUGCUGCGGCUGGACGUGGAUGCGGACGUGUGCACGGUGCCUUACUCCAUCCCCACGAGCAACCCGCACUUCAACAGCACCAACCAGCCCCCCGAGGUGUUCGCACACGGCCUGCACGAUCCAGGCAGAUGUGCUGUGGACCGACACCCCCCUGAUAUUAACAACAAUUUAACCAUAUUAUGUUCAGAUUCCAAUGGAAAGAACAGAUCAUCAACCAGAAUCCUACAGAUCAUAAAAGGGAAAGAUUAUGAAAGUGAGCCAUCACUUUUAGAAUUCAAGCCAUUCAGUAAUGGCCCUUUGGUUGGUGGAUUUGUUUACCGAGGCUGCCAGUCUGAAAGACUGUAUGGAAGCUAUGUGUUUGGAGAUCGGAAUGGGAAUUUCUUGACUCUCCAGCAAAGUCCCGUGAGCAAGCAGUGGCAAGAAAAGCCACUUUGUCUCGGCAGCAGUGGUUCCUGUCGAGGUCACCUUUCGGGCCAUAUAUUGGGAUUUGGAGAAGAUGAAUUAGGUGAAGUUUACAUCCUAUCAAGUAGUAAAAGUAUGACCCAGACCCAUAAUGGAAAGCUGUACAAAUUCAUAGAUCCCAAAAGACCUGUCCUUCCCGAGGAGUGCAGAGCCCCGGUCCAGCCUGCACAGACGAUGACCUCCGAAUGUGCCCGGCUCUGUCGGAACGGCUACUGUACCCCCACGGGCCAGUGCUGCUGCAUCCCCGGCUGGGAAGGGGACUUCUGCAGAAUCGCAAAAUGUGAGCCCGCCUGCCGGCACGGAGGUGUCUGCGUCAGACCCAACAAGUGUCUCUGCAAGAAAGGCUACCUGGGCUCUCAGUGCGAGCAUAUGGACAGAAGCAUCCGCAGGGUGACCCGGGCAGGUAUUCUUGACCAGAUCAUUGACAUGACAUCUUACUUGCUGGAUCUAACAAGUUACAUUGUAUAGUUCCUGGGACUGUGUGACUAUUUCCGACGGGCAUUUCUUUUCUCUCCUAUCAUUAAAAAGAAAGACUGUUAUCCUGCUCCACACUCCUGUGAUUUCAUUUUCUUCUAUUAAUUUAAAAAAAUGAUUUCCAGAAAUGUGCAGAUCCUGUGUGUGUACGGGGGGGCACAUCUGCUCAAA